AUUUGCUAAACAUAAACAAACAGCAGUUUUUGCCGGGCACAAAAACUCCUAGAGCAAUAAAGUAGGUUUGGCUGCAUAACCGUUUAAGGUACCCUUUGCCGGAUUCCAAAAUGGUCACACAGCGUAUGUCGACGGAGGACGUGGAAGCGUUCGUCCACGAGCAUCUGAAGGAGGAUUUACGGAUGUACGAAACGCAAUUGAAGCUGAUCAACGCAGAAAUUAUGGAGUAUGUGCAGUUAAAGAAUAUGAUCGAAACAAUCUUGGGGCAGGAGCGACGCGAGGAGUUCAAGACGCAGGUCAACAUCGGUGGGAACAUGUUCAUGAAGGCACGUGCUGACAGCGUCGAACACAUACUGGUGGACGUUGGGCUAAAGGUUUAUGUAGAGUUUACGAUUGAAGAAGCUUCACGGUAUGUGGACGUGAAAAUCAAAGUGUUAACCAAACAGGCAGACACUAUUCGCGACAAAAGCAUCGAAACGAGAGCCAAUAUUAAGCUCGCUCUGCUUGUGAUAGGCGACUCACAGCGACUUCACACGAUGCAAGACAAUCGGUGAGGUUUAUUAAACGGUAAAAUAAGCUGAAAGAAUAAAUACACAAUUUAUGGUUAACUAA